AUGGAUGCAGAUGAGCGACUGGAAUGGCUGAAAAAAAUUACGGAUUAUAUCAAACUUGCGGAAGAAUUAAAAAUGGGAGUAAGUGGCAAUUAUUUUGCGUGAACAAACGGAAUUUGUGGGGCUGUGGCUCGGCUAUCCUACUUGAAACUUACAGUGAGAACCUAAUAAGAAGGCC